UCCCCAUUUCCCCAAGCGCCGAGCCGCCGGCGCCGGACCCCGACCGCCGACUGCGACCCCGCAGCCGGGGCUCACACGCCCAGCCACUACGGCGCCGCCCGCGGACCACGACCGCACCGCCACCGCCUGCACGAGCAUGGAGACGCCUCCUCCACCAAUAGAUCUAGCGGCCAGCCGCCGGGGCGAGCGCAGGUGAAGUGAAGGAACCGGUCGGCCUGCCUGCUUCCUCGACCCCCAUUGCUGGAGCAUCAAUCGGGCCGCCCCGAAUCCUUGUUCAAAUCUUCCGAUUUCAGCCGGCAUUGCAAACCCUAGCUGGUUAUAGAGGCGCAACUGAGAAGAUUCCGAUUCCGAGGGGGCCGAGGGGGGAACAUCGUUGGACUAGAAAGACAGCAUCAGCGUGCAACAUUCAAAUGCCCCUGAUGAAGCAAGCUCUUCGAGGAACAGCGAUCCCUGGCUCUUCCAGUCAGAAGAGUGCCCCCGACAGAAUCAGUGCCCUACCGGAUGAGCUGCUGCUUCAUGUCAUGUACUUCCUAACCCUGCAGGAGGCAGCGCAGACAAGUCUGCUUUCACGGAGGUGGCAGAAUCUCUGGGCAUCUUUGAUGUGGCUCAAUUUUGACGCAGCCAAGUUCAGCAGCAUGAGAACUUACAGAAAGUUUGUUAACAAUGCGCUUCUGAUCCGAAGUUCAUUGCCAGUUCCGGUGCCACUGGAUGCAUUUUGGAUUUCUGCUGAAUGCGACAACUCUGAUGAUUCCCUUGACUAUUCUGACAUGCACCCAUGGAUUCGCCAUGCCCUUAAUAGCAAGGCCUGGGCUAUAGGCAUACUGAAACAUUUCGGCCCCAAGCCCCUUUCUAUGCAGGGUUAUCCCUUUCCUUUCACCUCGGUGUACUUGAAAAUUUUAGGCCUUUGCCAUUGUUCUAUAGAUGACUGGUUUGCCCAGAAUCUCUCUUCCUGUUGCCCGUUGCUGGACGACCUAGACUUGAUGAGUUGUGCCAUCCAUGCCACCAUGUUUUCUUCAACCACAUUGAAGAGUUUGGCCAUUACCAGCACGCAAACUGAGAAAGAUUUCCCUAUAGAAUUUCAGUAUCUUGUGAUAAAUAUGCCAAACCUAGUCUCCCUGAGCCUAGAGGAGAUUCCGAGAAGAAAUAUUCACCUCAUGGAUGUGUCGUCAGUGAAAACGGUCUCAAUUUACCUGUAUUCACUCUCUUUUAGUAACUCUCAGGUUCAGUGCAGUAUUCUCAGUGCUCUUUCAAAUGCCAACAGCUUGACGUUGGUAUCCCCAUCUGUCUAUGAAGAUGUGGUGCCAAAGGUAUUGCAGCGUGAUCUUCCAAGGUGUGAGACAUUCAGUAAACUGAAACGAUUGCACCUGGGCGAGUGGUUUUUGAGUGGUGGGUGCUAUCCACUAAUAUACUUGCUUCGGCGCUCUCCUAGUGUGGAAAAAGUUAUCCUGCAACUUGACACUAGUGGAGCUGAUGACUAUGACAGGCUUGCAAAUGCUAUUUCUGAAAUAUGUCGUCCUUGCAAGGAAGCAACAAUGACGUUUGGUUGCGAAAAGCUUAAAAAAAUUAGGAUCUACUGCCGCCUGGAGAGGGAUAAAAGAGCCCAGAUCAUCAUGCUCAUCUUGUCAACCCAUAUUAGCCCUCUCCCUAGCAUUAAAAUCAAGCCCCUUCCCGUGUAGGAUGGUAAAACUAUGCACGCUUAGGGAAUCUUGAAAUUACACCAUGGGCCGCCUAAGAUUGAUCAGCUUUUAUGUUUAUCGAGGCAGGCAAUUGACAAACAUCGCUAUGUUGUUGUAGGGAAUCUGAUUUGGUGACUCGGUAGCAAUCGGACCAUAUGGAUUAGAGCUUCUGACACUUGGAAGACUUGUUAUUUCAUCCCCCUGAUGAUGACAGUAUCUAUGACUUGGCUAGUGCGACUGGCUGUGCGCAACUAAUGUAUUCGUUAGUGUUUCUUAUUGCUACUUUCAUUCUUCUGAUGACCUUUUUCGGCGUAAAAAAGUUGUCUCCGCUAUAUACUGCUUGAGCUUGACUA